GAACGUUCUCGGUCAUUUCUGUUUACGGCGUAGCUCGAGUGAGGAGUUUUCUUUCGUUGUAUUCUUUCGUUGUAUUCUUUCGUAGUUUUUUUGAUAGUGUAAAAUUCUUAUCAGUCAGUCUGAAGCAAUUUUUGCAGAGUGUACGGAAGAUGUGUUUCUACGGUGGUAUGGCUAGGCUGCUCUUCGGGCUCGUGUUGGUGGUGCUGCUCGUCAGAAUGAGUAGAGCGGGCUUCGGUGACGACAUUUCACAAGACAACGAAGAUAACAGAUUCGCAAAUAUGGGGCAAGUCACAAAGGAUUCGUUUGAUGUCGAAAGCGGCGUGGUAACCCUGCAGCUCAACGUGCAAGACACUGAAGGGAUAAAAGAAAUCUGGAUUCUGGACUUCCAACCUUACAGAUUCAAUAUAGAUGCUAUGCCUGUCAAUGAGCUGGACGGACAACUGAUGAUGGACCAGACGAGUGAAUGUUCAAGUGUGUACGAGACGGCCUCUUGGAAUGACUACUUCAAUGAUACGUACUUCACUGAUAAGGAUUCAACAGGACUAGCCUCAAAGAAACUCUUCACUCAGUUCACUCGAGGAUCACUAAAUGGAGAAGGUUUCCGAGACAACAAGAUCACCUUCACUGGGGAUAUGGGGCUAUUCUUCGCCUGCAAAGACUCCAUCGAUGAAGAUUUCAUCUGGCAAAUGACGGACAUUACUGACGACGAAAUCGAGUAUCGCACCAAACUGUACACCACCAAUGUCAGACCCAAAGAUCCACUCGUAUCUACUGGAGGGAUAUCUUUUGUGCAGUCGCACAUUGAGUUGAUUUGGAGACUGUCUCGCUCCGUCCUGACAAAGUUCCUCAUCAGUUCCACUGCUCUAAUCAGACCCAUCCUUGAGUUUGCGAGAGUGACUGCCGUCUACGAUGCCCUGGAUAGAGCCGUCCCAACACAAUCUGCAUUACACAUAAGGUUCCGUACUGUGGUUGACUCUGAUGCCCAGAUGUUAUCUUAUAACACGGACAGUCUGGUCUACGACCCCGAUAAUACAAACCAUGGCAUCAAUGCGAUUGACUAUCAACCAGACGGUACUCUCGAUGCUGCACCGGACUGUGAGUUUAUACUUGAUGAAGGAACUCAAACCCAGCUACAGUGCCAACAGACCUGGGAGUUCAAACUGGUUCUUGAUGUGGAUACAUCAGGUCAAGUUGAUAACAGAAUACCCGUUGAUGCCAGUGGAACAUUCGAGUUUUACUUCACUCUCUAUGGAUGUGAAACGACCAAUAAUGAGUUUGAUAAAGCCACUUGUAAUCAAGUGGGAACGGAUCCAGCCAAGAUCUCUGCUCUGAUUACAAUCCAAACGACGGUAUUUAUUCAAGAUAUGGAAGACGACCAAGUGACCAUCAUCCUACAGUCACUAACUGGUGCAGAAAAUGAAGACCUGAGUUACGGGACCGGUUCCAGAGGUGUGGCUCACAAGGAGACCGUUGACCUCAAGGUCAAGUUCUCUCCGGCCUUGCUGAGGAAGGACUAUGAUCUAGAUCUACUUUUGUUCAUGGUGUGCAGGGGAGAAGAGUACGCCAGCGAUACUUACGCCCAGGGAUGUUUAGAGGCACCCUCUUCAGAUCGUUACGUCGCCCACCGAGAUGGUUCAUUUAGUUUCAUACCACGGGUAAGCAAUGAAAAUGGAACAACACUCCUUGAUGAAUACAACUCCAGCCAUGUGGCAGAGGACAUGUAUCAACCAUUAGAGAGUCAAGAAUACUUGCGUGAAGAUGAAUCUGGACAGGCGCUGGCAGUUCCUGUGCAUCAGUCAAAAUUUUUGAAUGUCGCCCUCUCUGGAGAAUCGGCCGUCUAUACCAUCACUACAGUCUACCGACUCGUAGAGCGGCUGCAGGAACCACUCCGUAAGCGAAGGGCAACCCUACCAAAGAUGCACGACGUCAUACUAUCCAAGAGCAUAUGGGGACGGACAAGAACAGGAAAAUCCACCGGCACAAUCAUCGAGCGACACAGCCGGGAUGUUGAAGACAGCGCGAGAGACACCCACGGUCACGCCGUUCCGUUCACGACCAUGGGAUGUCCGGAGGAUUCGGAGCACAUCCAGGAGGAAUUGGACUGCAGAUGUCCGGUUGGCAAAGAGUACAGCUUGAAGACAUUCGAGUGUCUGGAGCCAGGAGCCGAGGUGGAUGUAGAGAAGGACACUAAUGAGGUCCAGGAGGAGACCAACGACGACGACGAAGACGACCUCAAGAAACCAGGGUCUAAGACAGGAAUGGCUCCUGCCACUAGCUGCACCUUGUGGCUCAUAGUGACAACUAACGCCAUCACUGUCCUUAUGAGAAUGCAUUGAUAAGAAAACCUAUUAAAUUAUAGACACUUACACCCAGUUCACACGGGCGCUCCAGAGUUGCGCCACACCAAAUAGAUUUGGAGCGACUCGGGAUCGUCCCCCAAAAAAUGCUGGUUUCAUGUUCAAAAUUUAGGCUUGGCUCAUGACAAGAUCGCCGUCUCAAACCAAGACACCCCAGAGUCGGUCCGAAUGACUGCAAAAGUCCAUCUUUCGUGACUCUAGACCGCCUGUCUGAACUGGGUGUAAGAUAUUCAAAAGCCUUAUGUAAUUAAGACCCUUUAACCACAUGACACAAUAAGCAAUUUUGUGAGAUACAUUUGUAAAAAAGUCACAAGUUAACGCUUCCAUUUAAAUUCUUCAGACUUCAGACUAAAGAGACAGUUACUCAUGUCAAAGGACUUUGGGCAAGCGGUUGUAAAGCAAUACACUUUCAUUCGGAAUUGUGCAUGGGUGUUCACUGCCCGAAGUAUGUGACUUAGCAAGCAGUUGUAAAUCUAUAUCCAGAUGAUUGUGCCAUACACUUGCAUUCGUAUGUGCAUGGGUGUUCGCUGCCCGAAUUAUGUGACUUAGCAAGCGGUUGUAAAGCAGUAUCCAGAUGAUCAUGCCAUACACUUGCAUUCGUAUGUGCAUGGGUUUUCGCUGCCCGAAGUAUGUGACUUAGCAAGCGGUUGUAAAGCAGUAUCCAGAUGAUAGUGCCAUACACUUGCAUUCGUAUGUGCAUAGGUUUUCGCUGCCCGAAGUAUGUGACUUAGUAAGCGGUUGUAAAGCAGUAUCCAGAUGAUUGUGCCAUACACUUUCAUUAGGAAUUGUGCAUGGGUGUUUGCUGCCCGAAGUAUGUGACAAAGCAAGUAACCAUCUCUUCAGUUUGAGCAAUUCAAGUGGGUACCGAGCUUGUCAUUAGACAUGUACCAGACCAUAUUCAAAUCUUAACACGCAGAUGGCUUAUUCUGCAGAGACGGCCUUUGCAGAUAAAAUUGCCUAGCGUCUUGAAGUUAGCCACACUCUUUGUUGCAAAUGAACAAACAACACUUUUUAUAGAAUCCAUUGUACGUUAUUUAUUUAAUGUUUCUUGAAUGCACUGUUCAUUUGAUUGAAAGACAUACAGUAUGACAAGUACAGAUUUUGAAUCACAACAGUUAACCAAUUCGUACAUAUUAAUCAAGUCCGGGAUAAAAACACAAGUGCACGUUGAUUGCCAGGCUACCCCAUAUCUUUCAGUUAAUUUAAAACGGCCAUUUUUGAUGUAUUUUGUUAGCAAUAAAACCUAUUUGUGAUAUACCACAGUUUCCAGUUGAACCAACUCACAAGGAAAACAUAGACUUCUGCCAAAUGCCAACUGAUCACACACAGAAGUUUAACCUUCACAAAUAUUAUUGGCACUUGAUAUAAAGAUGAAGAGAAAAUAUUAAAAAAUUUUAAACAAAAUAAAUAU